UUUGGUUUCCUGCUUCAUCUGUCCGCUGUCUGAUGGCGGGGCUCUAUCUCUCCACCGCUAACACCCUACGACUCCUUUUAUCACUUCUCAAUGGGGUGAAAUCGAUUUAGAGGCGCAUCCGCUUUAAAACGAAAGCGGGAUUCUAUCCUCUCGGCCCGGUUUGCGGUAAACGCGAGUGGAAAGGUUCGGAUCCGUAACCGCAUAAAUCUCCUGUUGUAUUUUAAAAUGGCUCCGGUUCAAAUCGGUUCCGACGGGCAGCUGGUCCCUGCCGGGGGUCCAACUUCAGCCCCGCAGCCUCCUCCAGGAGCCCCGGCCACUCAAGGAGUCCGACUGAGUCUCUUGAUCGAGUUUCUGCUGCAGCGAACCUACCAUGAGAUCACUCUGCUGGCUGAGCUACUCCCACGAAAAACAGACAUGGAAAGGAAAAUUGAAAUCGUUCAGUUUGCCAGUCGGACACGGCAGCUCUUUGUACGUCUGCUUGCUCUUGUGAAAUGGGCAAGUAAUGCAGGGAAGGUGGAGAAAUGUGCGAUGAUCUCCUCAUUUCUGGAUCAACAAGCAUACUUAUUUGUUGACACUGCUGACAGACUGGCAUCACUGGCCAGGGAUGCAUUGGUACACGCCCGUUUGCCUAGCUUUGCCAUUCCUUUCGCCAUUGAUGUACUGACCACGGGCUCUUACCCACGCCUGCCCACAUGUAUCCGGGACAAAAUUAUUCCUCCAGAUCCAAUAACCAAAGCAGAGAAGCAGACCACGCUAAAUCAGUUGAAUCAAAUCUUGCGGCACCGACUAGUCACAACCGACUUGCCCCCACAGCUGGCCAACUUAACCGUGGCCAAUGGGCGAGUGAAGUUUCGAGUUGAAGGGGAAUUUGAAGCCACAAUGACAGUAAUGGGAGACGAUCCUGAUAUCCCCUGGAGGUUACUUAAACUAGAGAUUCUAGUAGAAGACAAGGAGACUGGAGAUGGAAGGGCAUUGGUUCACAGCAUGCAAGUGAACUAUAUCCAUGAGCUGGUACAGUCCCGCCUGUUUGGAGAUGACAAGCCCCUUCAAGACAUGUACAAUUGCCUUCAUUCCUUUUGCCUAUCACUGCAGCUCGAGGUGUUGCACUCACAGACUCUGAUGUUAAUAAGAGAGCGGUGGGGUGAUCUAGUGCAGGUGGAGCGCUACAUCCCUGCCAAAUGCCUCACGUUGUCUGUCUGGAAUCAACAGGUCCUGGGUAGAAAGACUGGCACGGCUUCUGUGAACAAGGUCACCAUCAAAAUUGAUGAAACUGAUGGUUCCAAGCCAUUACAGAUCUCCCAUGAGCCUCCACUGCCUGCCUGUGAUUCCAGAUUAAUGGAAAGAGCCAUGAAAAUUGAUCAUCUCUCAGUGGAAAAGCUUUUGAUUGAUAGUGUACAUGCCCGCUCAAAUCAGAAGCUGCAGGAACUCAAAGCCAUCCUGAAAAGUAGCAACCCCAGUGAUAACUCCUUCAUAGAGACUGCCCUUCCCACACUGGUCAUACCAAUACUGGAGCCCUGUGGCCGAUCUGAGUGUCUCCACAUAUUUGUUGAUUUGCACUCUGGGAUGUUUCAGCCAAUGCUCUAUGGAGUCGAUCAGUCCAUGUUGGACGACAUUGAGAAGAACAUCAACGAUGACAUGAAGCGUGUCGUCACAUGGUUACAGCAGCUAAAGUUCUGGCUGGGAGAGCAGAGAUGUCGACAGUCUGUGAAACAUCUCCCCACACUGUGCACAGACACUCUCCAUCUGUCCAAUUCAGCCUCUCACCCUGUGGGCAACCUAACCAAACAUCGCCUCUUUAUCAGACUCACCCGCCUUCCACAAUACUAUAUUGUGGUGGAGAUGUUUGAUGUGGCCAGCAGUCCCACAGAGCUGCAGUAUAAGUAUUACUUCCUGUCUGUGAGUCAGCUGGAGGGAGAGGACGGGCUGCCAUCAGCUCAACUGUUGCAGCAGUUUAAGCCCAACCUGGAGGAGCUGGUGCAAGACAUUUCUUCUGGUCGAAUGGUUCGGCUUGGGGCCAAGAGGAAGUUGUCAGGAGAGCAAAAUGCCAUUGAACAGAAAAAACCCAAGAGGUCAGGAGAGAUGUGUGCCUUCAAUAAGGAAUUGGCCCACCUGGUGGCCAUGUGUGACACCAACAUGCCCCUCAUUGGACUACGCUGUGAGCUGUCCAAUAUGGAUAUUCCUCAUCAGGGGGUUCAGGUUGAGGGAGAUGGCUGUAGCCAUGCCAUACGUAUUCUGAAAGUUCCACCUUGUAAGAGAGUGAGCGAGGAAACGAGGAAAGCUCUAGAGCGAACCCUGCUGGACUGCACAUUCAGACUGCAGGGCCGCAAUAAUCGCACCUGGGUGGCAGAGUUGGUUUUUGACAGUUGCCCUCUUAACAGCACAUCUAGUAAAGAGCAAGCUCCCAUGCGGCAUGUCUACUUGAUGUAUGAGAAUCCCCUGUCAGAGCCAGUGGGUGGUAGAAAGGUGGUGGAGAUGUUCUUAAAUGACUGGAACAGCAUCAGUCAGCUUUAUGAAUGUGUUCUGGAGUUCUCACGCUCCUUACCUGAAAUGCCCUCUUAUUUGAGCCUUUUCUCAGAGAUACGUCUGUAUAAUUACCGGAAGCUGGUUCUGUGUUAUGGCAACUCCAAAGGCAGCUCGGUGACGAUACAAUGGAACUCGGUGACCCAGCGUUACCUUCUGGCCCUGGGGACUGUGGGGCCCAAUUCAGGCUGUAGCAACUGCCACAACAUCAUUCUCCACCAGCUUCAAGAGAUGUUCAACAAGACACCCAAUGUAGUGCAACUUCUACAGGUACUCUCAGACACUCAAGCUCCUCUCAAUGCCAUCAACAAGCUGCCCACAGUGCCAAUGCUUGGGCUCACCCAAAGGACCAACACAGCUUACCAGUGCUUCUCCAUCCUGCCCCAGUCACCCACACACAUCCGCCUGGCCUUUCGCAACAUGUACUGUAUUGACAUCUACUGCCGAAGCAGAGGUGUGGUAGCCAUCCGUGACGGGGCCUACAGUCUCUUUGACAACACCAAGAUAGUUGAAGGUUUCUACCCUGCCCCCGGACUGAAGACAUUCUUAAACAUGUUUGUGGACAGUAACCAGGACGCCCGCAGGCGCUCAGUCAAUGAGGACGACAACCCUCCCUCCCCGAUAAGCAUGGAUGACACAUUCAUGCCUCACACACAGACGCAGCCUCCAGGCAGAGGGGUUUACCCGCCCCUCACAUCGCCCCCCAACCCGUACCACGUGCCUCCCUCGCCGUCCAUGAUGGCAACACAGUCUCCAGGGAACAUCCACGCAGCCAAUUCCCCUAGUGGAGCUCUGCGGGCCCCUUCUCCUUUUGGGCCCACCCCUUCUCCCUCCUCUCUGGGCAUUUCUAUGGGGCAGACCUCCAACUUUGCCAGCCCGCAUGGGACUCUUGACCCCAGUUCACCAUACACAAUGGUGUCCGCCAGCCCGAGGGUUGCCACCUGGCCAGGAUCCCCACAAGUGUCUGGACCCUCCCCUGGGGCACGAAUCCCUGGCAUGUCACCAGGCAACCCUUCUUUGCACUCACCCAUUCCAGAUGCAUCCCACUCCCCUCGAGCUGGAACAAGUUCCCAGGCCAUGCCAACAAAUAUGCCCCCUCCCCGUAAACUGCCUCAGCGGUCCUGGGCUGCCUCCAUUCCUACCAUACUCACCCACAGUAAACUGCAUGUGCUACUGCUGCCUUCACCCAUGCCAUGCCCGGUGCCAGGGCUGGCGGGCAGCUACCUGUGCUCGCCUCUGGAACGCUUCCUGGGCUCAGUCAUCAUGAGGAGACACCUACAGAGAAUCAUUCAGUUAGAACCCAAUCUCACUAUUGUGAACUCCAAUGAACCAGGUGUCAUCAUGUUUAAGACAGAAGUGCUGAAGUGUAGGGUGGCUCUGAACCCCAAAUCCUACCAGACUCUGCAGUUAAAAGUCACACCAGAAAACACUGGACCCUGGUCACAGGAGGAGCUGCAGGUCCUAGAGAAGUUCUUUGAGACCAGGGUUGCAGGACCACCCUUUAAAUACAACACACUAAAUGCCUUUACUAAAUUGUUGGGGGCUCCCACCAACAUACUCAGAGACUGUGUUCGCAUUAUGAAAUUGGAGUUGUUCCCAGACCAGGUGGGCCAGCUGAAUUGGAAUGUGCAGUUCUGUCUGACCAUCCCCCCUAGCGCUCCUCCCAUUGCCCCACCAGGAACCAUUGCUGUCGUGCUCAAGACCAAGAUGCUCUUUUUCCUCCAGCUGACCCAGAGGAUUCCGGUACCCCAAGAACACAUCAGCAUCAUAGUGCCUAUUGUGUAUGACAUGGCCACUGGACUGACCCAACAGGCCGAUAUCCCCCGCCAGCACAGCUCUUCAGGGGCCGCGGCCCUGAUGGUCAGCUCCAUCCUCAGGAGGUUCAAUGAACACCAUCCACCACGACCAGGGGAGUGCACAAUAUUUGCAGCGGUUCAUGAACUCAUGGCUAAUCUCACUCUGAAUCCUGGUGGACGACCGUAACACAGUGUCUCUUAUCAGGAAACUGUCCCCCAUCCUGAUCAGUGAAUAAAUUCAGCCCUAAUUCCUCAAUGUCCAGGGAUUUUCAGGUUUUGUGCUAUAGCCAAUAAACUCUUCUUUGGGUGUAUUAUAUUGUUAUAAAAGGGAGCUGAAAAUAUGAUGGAACUUUUUUUAUUGUAUUGUUAUGAAGCAUGUAAAUGAACAAAUGAAGCAAAAGCAGGACUUGGGCAUAGUUCUGCUAACAGAUUUAUUUUUGUCAGAUGCACUUCUUAAGGAAAGGAUUGUGAUAGAAAAAAAUGUUAAACUACAGCUGUAUUUUUUUAUUUUAGAAUGCAGAAAACUUAAUUCUUGUCCUUUUUGUAAUACAAGAUAUUAAUACUGUGUAGCUAUUGGGUUUAUUCUUUAUAAGCUCACUAUUUACAUGUUUUUUAUUGCAUUACUUUGUCUUUGAAUACCUGUCACUCUGAAUAUGAGUGGCAAACUUUCUAAUAAGCCGUGCUUUAUUGUAAUUGCAUUUGAAUCAUGGAAGAGAUAUAAAUUUUUUUCCUGUUUAUUACUAUUUAAUAAACAUAAGAAAUGACA